CUCCCUCAACACUGACCAUUUUAGAGGGAGAGUGAGAGAGUUUGAUUUUUGAAUAAUGGGUGUGAACGUUAUUCACAUUAUUUUACUCGUGUCGUCUUGUGUAGUUGUUAAGCUUCACCAUUUCAGUGUCUGAUUCUCAAUUAUUGCAACAGAAACGUUUCUGAUUCUUAGAAACUGAAGCUUGCGGAUUUAACGUAAAUCCAGCUGUGUCUUAAUUGAUGAAUUUGUUUGUAAGCAUUACAUUUUAGGGACUGAGUGUUGAAAGCAGAGUUUCUAAAGCAAUGUUUUGGAUGGUUGGUGAGUUCCCUGACUUCCCUCUAUAGAAACUAUUGCAUUUCUGGAUUACACUAGUUUGUGUCUCUAUCUGUGACUGUGAGUCUGUGACAGUGAGUGUGUGAAGUUUGAAGAUUAAGCUUACAGAGGCUUGCUUAAAGAAACAGGGGAGAACAACAGUGUUAGUAGCUCUCAAUAGGAUCAACUCUUUGAAUAUUGAGCAAGUCAAGUUGGUUUAAGCUCUGUGUUCAUCAGUUUAAUUAAACUACUCCAAAAAAAUUGUUGAAUCAUGGUGGAAGAUUGUGGAGAAGCAGUAGCUGUAGACACCCGUUCCACAGAAGAAUGGUUGUUGCAGGCACAAGAGCUUGUUCCUGUUGCUCUUGCCAAGGCAAAAGAGGUUAAAGGGUUCACUGUUAGGUGGAAGAUGAUCAUUUCAAAAUUGGAACAAAUCCCAUCACGUUUAUCAGACUUGUCUAGCCACCCCUGCUUCUCCAAGAACGCUCUUUGCAAGGAGCAAUUGCAGGCUGUGUCAAAGACCCUCAGAGAGGCCAUUGAAUUGGCUGAGUUCUGUGUGAAGGAGAAGUACGAGGGCAAGCUUCGUAUGCAGAGUGAUCUUGAUGCAUUAACAGGAAAGCUUGAUUUGAAUUUAAAGGAUUGUGGAUUGUUGAUCAAAACCGGUGUGCUCGGUGAGGCUACUUUGCCAUUGGCGUUAACCGUGAAUGGUCCUAUAGCAGAAUCAGAUAUUACAACACAUAGCAACAUAAGGGAACUACUUGCACGCCUUCAGAUUGGUCAUUUGGAAGCAAAGCACAAAGCUUUGGAUAAACUCUAUGAUGCUAUGAGAGAAGAUGAGAAGAACGUUUUGGCUGUUCUAGGUAGGAGCAAUGUUGCUGCUUUAGUUCAAUUGCUCACAGCAACAUCUCCAAGGAUAAGGGAAAAAACAGUCACUGUUAUAUGCUCUCUUGUCGAAUCAGGAAGCGGCGAAAACUGGCUAGUUUCUGAAGGAGUUCUUCCACCUCUCAUAAGACUAGUUGAGUCUGGCAGUACUGUUGGUAAAGAGAAGGCUGUAGUAUCUCUCCAGAGGCUGUCAAUGUCAGCGGAUACAACCCGCGCAAUCGUUGGACACGGCGGGGUUCCUCCGUUGAUUGAGCUUUGUCAAUCUGGUGAAUCUGUGUCACAGGCUGCUGCUGCUUGUGCUUUGAAGAAUAUAUCUUCUGUUCCUGAAGUGAGACAGGUUCUGGCUGAAGAAGGUGUUGUGAAGGUUAUGAUCAAUCUCCUAAAUUUUGGAAUUUUGCUUGGUUCCAAAGAGUAUGCUGCAGAGUGCUUGCAGAAUCUCACUGCAAGCAAUGAAAAUCUGAGAAGGUCUGUGGUAUCCGAAGGCGGUGUUCGGAGUCUCCUGGAUUAUCUUGAUGGACCUCUUCCCCAAGAAUGUGCUGUUGGAGCAUUGAGGAACCUUGUUGGAUCAGUUUCCGAGGAAGUUUUGGUUUCUCUCGGUUUGAUUCCCCGUUUGGUUCAUGUGCUCAAGUCUGGAUCCUUAGGUGCUCAGCAAGCCGCUGUGUCUGUUAUCUGCAGGAUUUGCAGCUCAAUGGAGAUGAAGAAGAUGGUUGGUGAAGCUGGAUGCAUCCCUCUUCUUGUGAAGGUGCUUGAAGCUAAAGCAAACGGUAUUAGAGAGGUUUCUGCUCAAGCAAUUGCAAGCUUGAUGGUUUUGUCCCAGAACCGGAGAGAAGUUAAGAAGGAUGAUAAAAGUGUGCCAAACCUGGUUCAGUUGCUUGAUCCGAGUCCUCAAAACACUGCAAAAAAGUAUGCGGUUUCUUGCCUUGGAUCACUCUCCUCAUGUAAGAAAUGUAAGAAACUGAUGGUUUCUUAUGGAGCAAUUGGGUAUCUGAAGAAGCUUUCAGAGAUGGAGAUUCCAGGAGCUAAAAAGCUGCUUGAGCGGUUAGAAAGAGGGAAAUUGAGAAGCUUGUUCAGCAGAAAAUAGUUGGACUGCCUUUUUGUGUAUCAUGAAGCUUUUUUCUAUAACGCUUUUGUUCUUGUCAUUUAUCAAUGUUGUUUCAUUGUCUGUAUGAAACAAGUAGCUCAAGUGUAAACUGUGGAAUGCCAAUGCUCGGUAAUCUGUGUAAUCAAGUUUAGAUUAUAUAAUGUUUAAUCUUAAUGUAAUCUAGAUAAAUGUUCUUGCA